CCGUCCUCCGAUGCUGCCCUUUCAGUCAAAACAGUGACAGUAAGCUGGUGCAAAGGUGACAGAAUAGAGCCAGCUCCAUACUUUUGUGCUUGUACCGGGUCUGGUCAACUUGAGCGAUCCAUUGCUCCAGUAUUUUGUCCAUGAUGAAUACCUCGGGCAUAUCCGAUUUCAACGCUGAUGGCUUAUCCUUACCCUUACGCCCUUCGCCCGUACAAGAUUCGCGAUCAGACUCGCUGCCUUCUCUGAUUGCUCGCAUUAAUGACCAACGCGGUCAUUUUCGAAGUGUUACGGAAGAUGGCUUACGAACCGAAAUAGACACUGGGGAAGGCAGAGGAGAACGCCCGUAUGACGAAGAGAAUGGCUCGGCGGAAGACGACCCUAUCGACGCCAAGGGCCGACGAGAGGAUGUCCUAGCAGCCCGCGAAGAGAUGGUCAAGUAUAUUUCGCAGGCCCAGAUGGAAGCACUCUACGCGCUCGACUUUGUUUCCUUGCUCCUUUCGAAACACACUCCGAAGCAGGCCGAGGUCUCCAUGUCUCCGUAUCUCCAGCAGCAUGCUCCCAAGGGCUCGUUGGGUAUGGAAAAGGUGCAAAAUCCGCAAUUACCAGACGCGGAGAAACAAGACCAAGAGCUUGUUUCACGGGGCUGGAAGCUACAGGGUCUUCAGUCCUCUGCGGACUCGCUUCUAAGAUCCGCUGCCCGAUUGGAGAAAGAGAUGGAGCACGAGGCGCGAUACUGGGAACAGGUGCUUUCGGUCAGCGAGAAAGGGUGGGCAGUCUGUCGUGUUCCAGGUGAAGGGCGGACUCUCGGGGUCCGCUUCGGCUUUGCUGAAGCUUCACCGGAAUUCAAGCACCGAGGCUUCGCCGCUCUCCGCCGUAUUGGAGACGGCACUCUCAUGCUUGACCAAGGUCUUGCUUCUACUCAACCCAAAGCCAUUCGAGUGCGCGUUGAAACCUCACCGCAAAACGUGGCAUACUCGCAACUUCCGAGCCUAGCUGCCGUCCAGCCAACGUCCCUCGAGGACCGUAUUCUCCAGGCUCGCAAUACUGUAUACGAAGAGGAACUCUUCUAUGAACUUGCGCGAGAGGCACGAACCGUAGUGAACCAGGGCGUGCGCAUCAUCGGUUCAACCAUUCAUCUCCCUCGUAUGGGCGACGAACAAAUCUCCAUUGAUCUAGUCUCUCUCAACGAUUCAAAUGAUUCUACCGCCGAUCCGCUUACAGCACCGAGCAAUCCGCUCGAGAAGCGUGCCGAGUCCAUAGUAACAUGUCUUCGCAUUCUCCUUUCCUACGCACAUCGUCAGAACCUUCAUCGGCGGUCUGAAAUCCCCCAGCCGCUCACAGACCGCAAGCAAGCAACUCCGAUCUACUCCAUCAUCCGACCUGUCCUUACGCAUCUGCAGCACCGCAGUGUGGUGCAAUCCAUCCAGACAUUCCUCGACAACUUCACCGCACCGCUUCAGUCCGCCGGGUUUCCCACCAAAUUCUCAUUCGAUCUGGCUACUAAUUUCAACUUUCCGUUACGAGCCAAUGGAACCACCAAGAAACUUGAUUUCUCUUCUGCAGAAACUCUCGUCGGUUCCUUACUCAAUGCCAUCGAAUCCAGCGUACAUCUUACCCUUCCUUCGGGCUCCUCCUUGACGAUUGCCAUCUAUACACAUAUCCAUCCGCCUACCCUUGGAACAGAAUAUCGCGUCUCCAUCAACUCGACCACCACCACCGCCCCACUCAAGUUGCGUGCCCCGAGUACGAUGCGCUUCGCAUCUGCCGUUGAACUCGAAAGCUUCAUCAGCCACACCUGCACGAUAGAUCUUACGUCUGUCAUCUCCUCUUCUCCUUCCUCCUCGUCCGACUCAAAAGUCAAGGAACCUACAUCACCAUCUCCAGCUCAUCAUCAUCAUAAUCACGCUCACUCCGCAUGGGAACCGAGCGCACAACUUGGCGAACUUACUAAAUCGUUCGCCACCAAUCCCGGCCGUGUCCGCCGCUUGCAUAUCCAGCUCCUCCCGGAAAGAGGCGAAUACCUUCUGAUCCUACGAUGGGGCUGGCUUAGUGGUCGUCCCGCCGAGGGAACGCAUGCCUGGCAUGGCAAGCACGGCGAGCGGGACUUUUUUGAAGUUGUCGCGGAGGCAGGGAAAUCAGAUGCAGAAUGAGUGAAUGGGGUGUGGGUCGCGUUACAGUGCUAUUUUGUGCCGUCGCGAAUAAAUGAUGCUUCUGAGCAUGUGGGGAGUAUAUAGCUACGUUCAUCUAAAUACUUCUAUGGCGUUUUGAAUUCCUAGAUGAAGCAUCUGGGUCGAAAACAUGUAUUCGGUAUAGUGUACGGGUAGAAAGAGACUCAAAAAAUAACAAGAAGACGAAAAUGUAUAUCAGAUCCAAGUACAACUGUUGUUAUUUGCGGGUUUAUAUGGAACUAAAUUUUUACUAUAUGGAGUAUUGCUAUUCGUAACUACCUCGUGAAUACGUCCUCGUGAAUACGCGGUAGCGUAAAAAUAUGAAACAAAUGAAAG